AUGUUUUCUUCUACUUUCUCUAGCUUGGAAGAUCAAUAUUCAGAAGAAUCCACACCUUCUAAUAUAGUUAUUGAAGAUUCUUGCAUGAAAAAUGUAAACUAUCUUGACUCUGAUGUUGACGUGAUCUAUAAAGGAUUAAGUUCACCUCUGAAAUGGAGCUUAGAGAUGCAGUUUGCAGAUUGCAAUGUUGGAGAAAACAUUGAGAUAUAUGAAUUUUCACAGAAUUCAAUCUCUAUAACUCCAACUUUCUGUGAAACAUCAAAUCUCACAAGUUUGACAAGCAAUUGUGCUUUGUCUUUGACUGUCAAAGACAUUAUUGACCUUGAUAUAAAGUUUGAACUUGAUGCAUCACUUUCCACUUCCACCAUUGUUUCCACGUUCUGCACAAGUCUUCCAACGUCACUUUCUUCCUACACCCUCGUUUCCACGUUUCAGGGUUUAAAGAAACCAAGAUUCCGUUCUCCUCCAAAAAUAAUGGAGAGCAACCAAUCAGCUAAAGAGACCAUGGUGGAAGUUGAGUUCGAGGACUUGCUGCCUGUGAUGGCAGAGAAGCUGGAUGUGGAGGCCUUCGUGUCUGAGUUGUGUGGAGGUUUCAAGCUUCUGGCUGACCCAGCAACGGCUUUGAUCAGUGGUGAGAGUCUGAUGAGGAAUUCAGCUCUGUUGGGUAUGGAUGGGAUGAGCAAAGAGGAAGCAGAGGCCAUGGUUAGACAGGGUGAUCUUGAUGGGGAUGGUAAGCUUAAUGAGACUGAGUUUUGCGUCCUUAUGAUCAGGCUUAGCCCUGGGAUCAUGGAAGAAGCUGAGGCCUGGCUUCACAAGGCACUUCAGCUAGACCACACCAAAUCCUCAACUUAA